UGUUUUUUUAAAAAAUCAAUGUUUAGGUUGCCUUUGCCUCCAGGAGCCUUUUUGGGUCUUUGGAAAAAUGAAGAUCUGUACAAGGAAUUGUAUUUCAAAAAAUUUCCGGGAUACUAUGAUACUAUGGAUGCUGGCUACAUGGAUGAAGAUGAAUAUUUAUAUGUUAUGUCUCGAGUGGAUGAUGUGAUCAAUGUUGCAGGUCACAGGAUUUCAGCAGGGGCAAUUGAAGAGGCUGUUCUCUCUCAUAGUGCUGUUGCGGAUUGUGCUGUUGUUGGCCAAGAGGACUCUUUAAAGGGCCACAUCCCACUAGCGUUGUGUGUCCUCAGAAAUGGAGUGAAUACUGAAGAAGAACAACUUUUGGAAGAAAUUGUCAAGCAAGUCAGAGAACACAUUGGCCCUGUGGCAGCAUUCCGGAAAGCCGUAUUUGUGAAGCAGAUACCAAAGACUCGGUCUGGCAAGAUACCACGGUCAGCUCUUUCUUCCCUCGUGAAUGGGAAACCAUACAAGAUAACUCCAACAAUCGAGGACCCUAGUGCAUUCGCACAUGUAGAAGAAGUGUUAAAGACGAAGUUAAAAUGAUAAUUGGCUAUGGAAAUCUGAGCUACAUGAGUUAUCAUAUUAUGACUUGCUAAGAGUAAAUGCUUCACACCGAUGGAACCAGUAAUGAAGUUGAUCUGCGAUAUUAAGGUGGAAUGUUCUCUGCUGCAGAGACCCCGAACACCCAACAACAUUCUUUAGUUUUGAAGCAAAUA